GGGGACUUGGUGUUCCCCAGCAGAGUAAUGUAGCUGGCUUGUCUCCAGAGUAUCGCAGGCUGGUCUCCUGGAGGGUUUUGCCUGGGUGGCUAAAGUUAAGAGGCUAGCAUUGCUGAGAGGCAGUGCCUAGUUUUGACACCACCAACCAGGCCAGCGCUUCCUAAAAUGAGAUUCUUAGGACUUCUGUCAUUUUUGGUAUCGCUCAUUCUCCUGGGGCGUGUCCAGGAGCCUAGGCUGGUUGAGGGGCACUUUCUCAGAUCCUGUCCCAAAAUGAGAGUAAAAUGUGAAGUUGAAGAAAAGUACCAGUGCACAAGGCACAGACAUUGCUCAGAUAACAUGAAGUGCUGCAUGUUUGGCUGUGGAAAGAAAUGCUUAGAUCUAACAAAAGAUCCAUGCUCUAUGCCAAAGGACGUCGGCCCCUGCUUGGCCUACCUUCCCCGCUGGUGGUAUGAUAAAGAAACGGACCUCUGCUCGCAGUUCAUCUAUGGUGGUUGCCUUGGGAAUCCUAACAACUUCCCAUCAGAAUCUGUCUGCAAGGUCAUCUGCAAAAAAAGAUACACUAUGAUACACUAAGGAGGAGCUGGAAUGAUCUCCAGGAUUUGGCUCAGAAUUUGGGGCUAUUUCCAUGUGUGCCUGACCAGUGCUCCGUGGCAGCUUCCACUGACCAAAUUUGAGCCACUUUGGCCUCUGCUGUUCCACAGACUGAGCCCCAGAAUUUGCUUACUUUCCAUGCUCCAGCUCAUCUUCUCUAUGAACAUUGUGCUCUUCACCUCCUACCCUUUCUCAGUGUGAGUCCCUAUCUCUUUAACUUUCAGAAAGUCCAUUUAUUCCCAUAAUGGUCACAGGUCCACCUAAUAAACUAUUUU